CGGCGGAGGCGGCGGAGGCCAGGGAGGAAGAUGUCGUAAUGAGCGAUCCACAGACCAGCAUGGCUGCCACUGCUGCUGUCAGUCCCAGUGACUACCUGCAGCCCGCUGCCUCCAGCACCCAGGAUUCCCAGCCGUCUCCCUUAGCCCUGCUUGCUGCAACAUGUAGCAAAAUUGGGCCUCCAGCUGUUGAGGCUGCUGUGACGCCUCCUGCUCCCCCACAGCCCACACCACGGAAACUGGUCCCUAUCAAACCUGCCCCUCUCCCUCUCAGCCCUGGCAAGAAUAGCUUUGGAAUCUUGUCCUCCAAAGGAAACAUACUUCAGAUUCAAGGGUCACAACUGAGCACAUCCUAUCCUGGGGGUCAACUGGUGUUCGCCAUCCAGAAUCCCACUGUGAUUAACAAAGGGACCCGAUCAAAUACCAACAUCCAGUACCAGACAGUCUCUCAGAUUCAGGCGAGCAGUGGCCAGACCAUCCAAGUACAGCCCAGUCUCACCAACCAAAUCCAGAUCAUCCCUGGCACCAACCAAGCCAUCAUCACCCCCUCACCAUCUGGUCACAAGCCUGUCCCCAUCAAGCCAGCCCCUGUCCAGAAGUCAAGUACAACUACCACCCCCGUGCAGAGUGGGGCCAGUGUGGUGAAGCUGACAGGUGGUGGCAACAUGACACUUACUCUGCCUGUCAACAACCUUGUGAACACCAGCGACACCGCGGCCUCCACUCAGCUCCUCACGGAGAGUCCUCCCAUCCCGCUGUCCAAGACUAAUAAGAAAGCCAGGAAGAAGAGUCUUCCUGCCUCCCAGCCCUCGGUGGCUGUGGCUGAGCAGGUGGAGACGGUGCUGAUCGAGACCACAGCGGACAACAUCAUCCAGGCAGGGAACAACCUGCUCAUUGUUCAGAGCCCUGGCGGGGGCCAGCCAGCUGUGGUCCAGCAGGUCCAGGUGGUGCCCCCCAAGGCCGAGCAGCAGCAGGUGGUGCAGAUCCCCCAGCAGGCCCUGAGAGUGGUGCAGGCAGCAUCUGCCACCCUCCCCACUGUCCCCCAGAAGCCCUCCCAGAACUUUCAGAUCCAGGCGGCCGAGCCAACGCCUACUCAGGUCUACUUCCGUACGCCUUCCGGUGAGGUGCAGACGGUCCUUCUCCAGGACAGCUCCCCAGCAACAGCUGCACCCACCUCCACCACCACUUGUAGCAGUCCUGCACCCCGUGCUCCCCAUCCGAGCGGGACCAGCAAAAAGCACUCAGCCGCAAUUCUCCGGAAAGAGCGUCCCCUGCCAAAGAUCGCCCCUGCCGGGAGCAUCAUCAGCCUGAAUGCAGCCCAGCUGGCGGCGGCGGCCCAGGCCAUGCAGACCAUCAACAUCAAUGGUGUCCAAGUCCAGGGUGUGCCUGUCACCAUCACCAACACCGGCGGGCAGCAGCAGCUGACGGUGCAGAAUGUUUCUGGGAACAACCUGACCAUCAGUGGGCUGAGCCCCACCCAAAUCCAGCUGCAGAUGGAGCAGGCCCUGUCCGGAGAGGCCCAGCCCGGGGAGAAGCGGCGCCGCAUGGCCUGCACGUGUCCCAACUGCAAGGAUGGGGACAAGAGGUCUGGAGAGCAGGGCAAGAAGAAGCACGUGUGCCAUAUCCCCGAUUGCGGCAAGACUUUCCGGAAGACAUCCUUGCUGCGGGCCCACGUGCGCCUCCAUACCGGCGAACGGCCCUUUGUCUGCAACUGGUUCUUCUGUGGAAAGAGGUUCACACGGAGUGAUGAACUCCAGCGGCACGCUCGCACCCACACAGGGGACAAACGCUUUGAGUGUGCCCAGUGCCAGAAACGCUUCAUGAGGAGUGACCACCUCACCAAACAUUACAAGACCCACCUGGUCACGAAGAACUUGAAGGGGUUCUGCUGCCCCACACUCGCCUCUCCUGAAGCCCUUGGCUCUGCCCUGGCCCUUGCCUCUCACCAGACCGGGGACACUGGCUCUGCCCAAUGAGACGUUCUAAACCAGGACGAGUGGGAACCUUUAUUUCCAAAGGAAAAACAUGAAUUUCACUCCAUCGAGGAGCAAAGUGAGUCCCCCUCCCCCCCCAACACUGCGAGAGUCGCAUCAUCGUGCCAUGCACCUCCCUGGCCCCAGCCACCUCAGAUGCCCCGGGCCCUGCACCCAGGGCACCAGCGGCAUCCACCUCCUGCGAGGCUCAAGAGGCCACCUCCACUCCACAUGCCCAGCCCCGCCACAACUCUUCUCCAGCACAUUCCAACUUUCUAUUUAAAAAUAAAACUACCACGGACUCCCCGAUCCCCCUUUUUCUAUGGAGAACGUUGCCUUAUACUCUAUUUCAGAUAAUGAACACUGUGUAUUGUGUGUGCUUUAAAGUUUUAUUUAAUUGCUCCCUUCCUCCUGUACUUGUUACUCACCUCCCCCAUGCCUGCUUUCAGUUUAGGGUUUUGGGAGGCAGUGAUGAGCAUAUGGGUUUUUUUCUCACUAGCAGUUCUCUUUUCUAAAUGACACAGCAUUUCAAUUUGAAUCUGGAUUCAGAUAAAAACUUCACACCCUGAACCUUGCCGCUCUCCCUUCAUCUCACCUACCCCUGCCGGCCCAAGCUCUAGUCAUGUACAGUGUAUAUUGUAUAAUAGACAAUUGUGUCUACUACAUGUUUAAAAACAUAUUGCUUGUUAUUUUUGAGGCUUUUAAAUUAAUAAACAAAAUACAACUUUAUUUUUAGUUGUAACUGCUUGAGGUAUGUUUUAUGAUUGACAGAUUUGUUAUCCUUUAUUAACGAUGUACUUGGUUCAGCAUUGGGCUGACAAAAAUUUUUCCUUGCUAAUAAAUUUAGUUGCCUGAGGCAAAAU